AUGAUCGAAGAUGAAGGUAAUUUAACCAGAAGCAUGGAAAAGAGGGAUAGAAGGCCCGUGUCACACCUUAUCAGCUUUGCAUCAGAAGAUAAGCUGGUUUUGGAGAAAGCAGAAAAUGUUCGGGCUGGAGAAAUACAAGAAGAAUUCAGUAAUGAAUGUAGAGAAUAUUGA